UGGAUAUCGGUUUUGAGCGAUUGUCGAGGCGAGGUAGACACGCGGAUUUGACAACAAUUUGUUGUGUUAGAACAAGAGAAGUGAAUAACAGUGAGACAAAGAUGGAGGACAAGACAAACGUUGCAAACACAACGGUUGAGUCUGAAAGCAGUACCACCAGUCCGGCGAAGAAGACUACGCCGAAAACGAAAUCUGCGAAAACAACACAGAAGACUGCCAAUAAGGCCUCUUCUCAUCCACCUACAUCAGAAAUGGUGAACGCCGCCAUCAAAGAGCUGAAAGACCGCAAGGGAUCUUCGUUCCAGGCAAUCAAGAAGUACGUCGCUACAACUUAUAAAGUGGACGGAGAGAAGAUCGCUCCAUUCAUCAAGCGAUAUUUGAAAUCUGCCGUCACGUCUGGCGCUGUUGUUCAAACCAAAGGAAAAGGUGCUUCUGGAUCGUUCAAAUUGCCCAUGGCAAAGGGUGCCGAGUCUAAGAGCAAGGUUCAGAAGGCGGUAAAGGCGACUGAGCCGAAGAAGGCGAAGAAGUCCGUUGAAAAGAAGACAACGACGACGACGACGACACCGGUUCGCAAGGCAGUCGCGACUAAAUCACCAGUUAAAAAGACUGGGACGGUAAAGAAACCUGCCGCGAAGAAGUCUCCCGCCAAAACUGUGAAAGCCUCCCCAAAGGCUGAGAAGAAAGCUUCCAGCGAAACCAAGGCUAUGUCCAAGAGUAAGAAAACAGCAAAAGCACCGGCGGCCAAGACCAAAACUCCCAAACCCAAGAAGACUGCGGCUACAAAAGCAGUUAAGCCUGCAGCUAAAAAAUAAUUGGCUCUACAACAGAUUUUCCAUCACCUCAUAAACAAAUGGCCCUUUUCAGGGC